ACCCACCUGCCUAGGGAGAGCAGCAUCGUCCUCCGAGGGCGAGGGAGAGAGUGGGGGCAAAGCGGCGGAGCUCUCUGAGCUCUGCAAGGACUGCCCGCCUGACACCCCAGCAAAGUUUCCUGAGCUCGGUGACAAGAGGGGAGCGGGGAUGUGAGAUACCCCUGCCGCAGAGCACAGCUGGGCUUCCAGCCCCGUUCUGCUGGGACGAGCCAUGGCUUUGCCAUCCCCGAGUGAAGGGUGAGACCCCGGGCAGCCGCUCCCUCCAUCGCCUUCCCCGGCUCCGCGCUCCAUCCCAGGAUUUCAAGACAACAGGAGACUGGAAAUAGCCUUCUCAACACAGCAUUCACCCUGUGAGGACUGAGGUGACCUCCAAGACUCUUCCCAGCAUGUUCAGUGAAAAGAGCAGCGCCUCUUUGCCCCAAAAACCCACCCAGAAGAAGACCCGGCCCCAGGGCCUCCCCUCCCCGGCUCUCUGCUGUGCCUGUGGACUCUGCAUCAUGCUAGCAGGGAUCAACAUCACCCUAGUGGGAGCUUUUGCCUUUGGGACCUUCCUCCCUGUGAACAACCCUCCCAUCAUCAUCGGGCCCAUCCUGCUGGUGGUGGCCUUCACGUUCUUCGGUGCCUGCUGCAUCUGCAGCCGGAGACCCCCGGCCCACGGGGCCAGGAAAUCCAAGCCAGGCUCCAACAUUGGCCUCAUCAAACCUGGCAACACAGCCUUUGAAAUCGAAACCAGCGAGCACACGGUGCAGGACACCACUGCUGUCCAGCUGAGCCCCACCAACUCCCCCAUCUCCUCCAAAAAGUCCACCCCGGUGCACGAGAACGCCAAGGCUUGCAAACUCUUCACCAUGGAGGGCAACGGGCCAGUGGCCAAAUACUCCACAGGGGGAGAGGCCAUACAGCUCAACCUGCCCAGGGACCUGGCCACAUCCUAAACCUGGGCAAAGCUUUGUCAGCAGCCAGCCAAACGCUGCCAUGGGUGGGCUGGAAUUGUGCCAUCAGUCAGGGGCAUGGGGAAGGUGCUUGUGGAAAGCCAGCAGUCAGUCAGGCCUCUCUGAACCACUUUAAGGGAGAUGGAUGCAACAGCAGAAAGAAAAAUAAUCCAGAUUUUUUUGCUGAAACAUGCCCAUUGUACAGUUUUAAAGAGAAAACUGAUAACGAUGCUGCUGUGAAAAGAUGAUAGCGGUUCCUGGAAAUACGCUGCCGUUUUUGGGGAGCAGAUCGAAGAGGGGAAUGAAUUAAUUUGUCUGAUAUAACGUGACAGUUGGAAGGAGAGGCUACAUGGGACCGACAAAUGACAGCUCUUUCUUCUCAGAAGUGAAGCAAUUCUUGGACAUAAAAGAAGCAGGAACGCAGUAAAUUACAGCUUGCUGCCACUCAGUCACAAGAAGAUUUCAGCAUUUUUAGUGCCAGACUUUUUGGCAGUAGGGACAAAGCUAUGUCUUUGCUGCUGAAAAAGCAGUGUGAAACCAUCUCUCCUCUGUUGAAAAUUCUUGCCCCAUCCUGCCCUCAUUUGGGCGAUUUUACUGCCCAUUCUAAGAGAAGGAACCACAAGGAUCACAAUCAGCGCUGGUAUUUUCCUCUCACGUUAAUGAGCUUGCGCUGCAGCUGUGCUACUCCUCAUAGUGUAUUUCUUGGAAGAUCAGCCAGGCUGGAUCCUUGGGGAUAAGCUCCUGGGGUAACCAGAGACUAACUGGAGCCUGCAAAUUAAAUUUUUGGGCCGUGAUUAUGUAUUGAGUACUAGGCAACAUUCUUCCCAUAUUUUUGUGGAAGGCUGGCUCGGGACACGCCUCAGGGCAGGGGGUAGAUGACUGUAUGGGCUUCAGAAUAGCUCUGCUGGAAGAUGGUGACUGUGGGAUCUAUUGCCCAGGAGUGGAUCCUUGCUGCAGGAAAUGGGCUGCUCAGGGUGCUCACAAAGCAGUGGGAUGAGUUUGCAGAAGACAAUUUAUCAAGAGCUGUUCCAAGCAAAGACGCUCCCUGUGCCUCAGAAAGACCCUAAUCUGAUGGAAUAAUGCUGCAAAGGAUUUGUGUUUUUCCCUGGGGGACUCUGGCUGGGAGCACAGUGCUGUGCUGAUGGGCUUUGCUCUGACUCCUGCUCAGUGUGGGGAAGGACAGCACUGCCAGGCAGGACUUGCAUGUGGGGAGGAAGCAGCAAGAGAGUGGAUCUUGAGUAGGAAUGGCUGCACAGGUCCUCUGUUUAUGAUAACUCUAUAUUUGAAAUGUGUUUUUUGGGGCUUUGAAUGACAAGGGAAUCAUCUGGACCACACCACAUCACUGCAGUGGCCCAGCUAGCCCAGGAUCCAGCUUCUGACAAGGCUGAGAGCAAGGUCCUGAGAGGAACAUAAAGACAGGGGAAAAUCAGGAUGCUGCUUGCCAGAAGUGCUUUCCCAGCUUCCAGUGUGCUGUUGCUUAGGAGCUUCCUGAGCUGGCAGUGGUGCCUGUAUGUAGCAGCCCUGAGUGGAUUUCUCCCCCAUGAAAUAAUCCAUUUGCGCCUUGACUGUCUGUCAGUUCCCAUCAUUUGUGAUCCUGCAGCAGAGAGCUGCACACUUUGGCUUCUUUUCAUCCUGCAUCCUCCUACCUCUCCCUUUGAUGGCUCAAAUUUCCCGGGCUAGAAGGGUCAGCAAACAGCCCAUGGCCUCACCACCCCUUGGGUUCUCUGAGAUGUGUUUUCCAUGCCACGCUCCCUCCAUCCAUCUCUCUCUCUUACAGAACUUUACAUCUCCUGUAGCCAGAGGGAGGAAACUCUUCCCAUUCAGCCCAGCAGCAGCUGCUUGCUUUGCUGAGGACAACACACCCCUGAGGCUUUAACCACCAGAAAUCCAUGCAGAGAGAGGUGGGAGGGCUGAAGGGGAAAUGUUGGAGGACAGGGAGGGGUUGUGGCAUGACCAAGGCUCCCCUUGGCCACCAGGGCACCUCUGUGGAGAGAAAAGCCCUGGUGCUGUACAGGCCAUGCAGGAGGUGUCCUGGCUGCUCUGGGGAGCCCCUGGGCAGCUGAUGUCCCUGCAUGAGCCCAGGUAGGAUGAGGUUGAAGUAAUUCCUUGAUAAAAGGUUAACCAAAGAGUCAUAACGUGAGUCCCUGAGUCCUCCAGCAGUUUGCUGCCUCCAACAGCUCCUUCUCCACAUCUUGAUUUUAGCAGGGUGGGUCUGUAAUGAUGAGGAGGAGAAGAGGCAGGUUUGGGAGAAGGGUGUUUGUGUAGGGCUGGGUAGAUGCGGGUUCAAUCUUUGGUACAGCCUCCAGGUCCUGGGCAAGCAUUGGUGUGUGCUGUGAGGGGCAAACACCUGCUCCAGCUCCACGGAAAGCUGCUUUAGGCAUGAGCAUUG